CUAAAUUUAUUGCCAACAAAAUAAGCAUCGAGUUCGGUUCGGUGACGUCACAUGUUGCUACAGGAUGUUGAGCAUCGAAUUGUUUGUCCCGGGUAAAUUGUUUGCCUAGUGACGGCAGUCGUAAUGGAGGACGCGGGAAAGGUGGGUGUGCAAACGAAACGAGCCAAACGCAGAAGUGUAUUUACUGAAUCUGAUAAGAAAAGGAAGCGUCAACGUUCGCAAAGGUUGUAUGGAAUAUCAAGAAUAAAUAUCCAUGCUCAAAUCGAGAGAUGGGCAGCAGCAAAGAAUUAGCCCAUUGAUGUGAAGUCAGAUGCGGAGGUAGCACAACACCUGUUGGACAUAUUCUAUGAACGACAGUCAGCUGUUGGCGUUGCGUCAACAAGCUCUUUUCAAGGAGUACUGACUUCGACACCCAUGGGUGCCGGACAGUUGGGGCGGUUUCCCGCUGCGACCACUGCACUCUCGAAUGUAUCAUCAAUAGGCAAAGAAAGCAAUGAGGGAAGCGUUUCUGGUGUUGAGCCUAUAAUGGAAAGUGGUAGUGAGACUGCAAUUAGCAGUGAGCGUACAAUAUCCGCUGUGGAGACAUUGGUUGGAUCUGCAGUGGAGUCCAGUGAGAAGAGACCCCAGCCAUCUGAAACGCUUACAAUCACUCAGAGUGGCAGAGUUGUGGAACAGAGAAAACUUUCCUCGUCAUUUGCGGAUCCAUUCAAUCUGUCAGUGGACAUCUCUCAGUUAUCUGAAGAAGACAAUGAGGAUCAGUAUGACUCGGACUAUGAGCCUAGUUUCGCAAUGUCAGCUGUGCUACCGGACGAAGUAAAUGUAGCGACGACAGCCCUGGCGUUUGAAGAAGUUGAAUUCGGGAUGGAGGUGCCGGAGGGAGAUGCAGAAGAGAGCGAUGCACCAGAAGAAAUUGGUCCGGGUAUCGACCGGAUUAAGACAGCCUCCGACUGUUUUCGGCUGACGGAUGAUGUCGUAUGUCUGGCAUUUCUUGCACAGAUCAAGACACUGGCUGUCACAAAUGUGACACAUUGCACUCAGUGUGCAAGCCGUGUGAGCAUUGAAGAGGAGUUCGUUGGCUCAGCAUUGUACCUUAAAUGGCUCAGAAACGCGAACCCGUAUUGCACUUUUUUCCACAACAUACAGGCAUCAUACAUGGUACCAACCAUUGAUGACUUUUGGACAAAUCACCAGCAGGAGAUCCUCACAGAGAUGAAGGACAAGAGUCUCAUUGUACUGGGUGAUGGUCGGAUGGAUUCUCCUGGCUUCUCAGCGCAGUAUUGCACAUACACUUUCAUGGAAAAUGAAUCCCAUAAAAUUCUAACCCUGCGAACUUUAGACAAGAGGACAACGGAAAGGAAAUCUGUUAACAUGGAGAAGAUGGGGUUUAACAGUGCACUUCAGGAACUGUUAGAGAAAGAACUGAAGGUUGACGAGGUUGUGACAGAUGCACAUAUGGCUAUAGGAGCAUGCAUGAGAACCAAGUAUCCUGAGAUCAAACAUUCCAAUGACGUGUGGCAUGUGGCGAAAAAUUUGGGCAAGAAGAUCUUGGCGGCUGGACAACAAAAGGGAUGUGCUGCACUGCAAGAAUGGAGCAAAGACAUAGUGAACCAUUUCUGGUUUGUUUGUCAAACUGCACAAAGCUAUGACGAAUUUGUGUGCAUAUGGAGCGGCGUGCUGCACCACGUUGUUAAUGAGCACGAGUGGAUUAUGGCCCAUGGACAAGGACUAAACAGGUGCUGCCAUGGACCACUUGAUGAUGGAAGAACUAAGCCGUGGCUUGACAAGGAAACGGACAGUGAAGCAAUGUCAGCACUCAGAAAAAUUGUUCUGGACAAGCGCUUUCUCAAGAGAGUCGACUAUGUGAUAAAUUUCAGAAGUACAGCUUUGUUGGAGGUGUUCCACAAUCACGUCCUGAUGUACUGUGCCAAGCGCUUCGCGUACACACCUCCAGUGUACAGGGUACGGAACCUGUUGGCCGCCUUAGAUCACAACGUACAUGUGGAGAGGCCACUAAUGAAGAAUAAGGAAGGAAACGUUGUAUACCAAAGGUGCUACAACAAAAAAAAGUGCGAGGUGGUCAGCCUACCCCGUCAAGAGAAAAAAACCUAUCUCACAUACCUGUCCUCAUCAGACAGGCGCUGAUACGUCGUAUCCACGAUAAAGUUGGCAUGAAAGGCCCCGCGUAUCUUGGAGGCUGAUGAUCCGCGAAGGAUAGCCAACAUCUGGCGCCCGUACCUCACCAUCUACAGCACAACUUGUUGCUGAGAAGGUGUCAAGGUUUGAACCAAAGGAAUAGCGGUCCAAAAGUCGUGGGAUGGUAGCGUCGCCGUUCAAUCCAGAGCAAUCGGCUAUGAUGUUCUCAGUUCGUUGGAGGUUUCGAGGGAGUGUGUAAAUUAGUAAAAUUUAUGUGGUAUGGAGUUAGUUGAUGAAUUGUUGUGUAUUUCAAGUCUUAUGUUAGAGAACUGUCUACAAAAUCAUACUCAAGUAGCCAUAGGUUACAAGGAGGCCAUUAACGCAUGUUAUGCACUAUGUAGCAAACGUCAUUUAGUACAUUAAUUUCAUAUAUACAGCAUUACUAUAUAUAUGGUAUAUAUAGUAAUAUAUGUAUAUAUAUAUAUAUGUUUGUAGUGUCAAUUAAGUGUGAAUUGUUAGGAAACCAUGUCAAAUCAUUAUAUUUCGUAAAUAUAGAUUUUCUAUC